AUGUCGACAACAACCACAACCACCGCUGCUUUUCCUCCUCCUCACACACAACAUCAGUUCACGUCUUCCUCCUCGCCUCUUCGCCUUGCCGUCCAGAAGAAGAAGAUGAGCAUCACUCAGACCUACUACCUCGCCCACAAGGCCCGGGCCAAGUUGUCCUCGGAGGCGGCCCGCGCCGACCACGAACUCCGCCUGCUCGUCGGCCACGCCAACCUCCUCGACUCCCUGAUGCUCGAGCUCGCCGAUGCUGAGCGGGAACAAGAGAGCUGGUUCAACCAAUCCGUCCGCGGUGCCACCAAGACCGAGGAACGCCACGUACAAUGGGCCGGCUCCGUCGUCGAGGACCCCGAAGAUGACUGGCACGCCGACGACGCCUCCGACUCGGACGACUCCUCUUCGGACUCGGACGAUGAUUACGACGAGGAUGACAUUGAGAUGGCCAACGCCGUCUCUCUUCGCCGCAUGCCCUCCGCCUCCGCUGUCCCCACAUCGCCAAAGACCACUACCAUGGAGGUGUCAGAAGACUACGACAUGGAGGACGACCUCGAGGAGGACUACGCACAGCUCGAGCUCGUCCGAACACCAUCCCAUUCUAGCAGCAGCUCACCACCAGAGCUGGAGCACGACUCCGACAUCUCAGAUGACGAGUCGAUGCCUCCGUCACCGCCAAACGCCGUGCUCACCUUCACCGAGAAGGAUGCCAAGGAAGACAUCUCGCAACAGCAACAACAACAAAGCGACGACGGCUCCUUCUACUCGGAAGGCUUCUACUUGCCGCCUCGUAAUCCAGCAAGGCUCGUGUCUGCCAUCUCGGUGUACUAA